AUGGAUAUAGUCUCCGCCGUUUCGAGUUAUGUUGGGAAGAUGGUAUCGUCGGUCGGUGCCGGAGGCCCCUCUGGGAAGAUGAAGAUUCUCCUCCUCGACAGUGAAACCGUCAGUCCUACCCCCCAUCCCGCUGGGUUCCAGGGGUCUAAUGUUGCCCAGGUGUCCAUAAUAUCUACUGCUAUCACACAGUCCACCUUGCUCAGCCAUGAAGUUUAUCUGAUAGAGUUUGUCCAGCUGCCUGUGAGGUUCAAGGGAAGGAACUAAUGUUGUUUAGCCGGUUAGACAAUGCCGAUCGGGAGAAGAUGCGACAUCUUCGGUGUCUUUGCUUUGUACGGCCGACUUCGGAUGCGGUACAGCUCUUAAUUGAUGAAUUCCGGGAGCCAAAGUAUGGGGAAUACCAUAUCUGUAUUACACUCCCCUCUUCCCCCCCGCCCUGCUGGUAGCUUGAGCUAAACCUCGGAUGGGAAGAUUUCAGCAACAUUGUCAAAAAAUCAUCGUUGGAACGCCUCGCGGAAGCUGAUGACCAUGAAGUGGUCCGCGUAGUCCACGAGUACUUUGCCGACUUUCUGGUUAUUAAUCCCGAUCUGUUCUCCCUAGGCUUGGGUGGCCCACAGCGACGUAUAUGGUCUACAUCGCCGGAUUUGUGGAAUGGGGAUGGACUGGUACGUUCUGCGGAGGGGAUUCUCGCAGUAUUGCUAAGCUUGAAGAAGAGGCCGCUCGUACGGUAUGAGAAAAACAGUGCAUUGGCGAAAAAAUUGGCAGUGGAGAUCAAGUAUCAAAUUGCACAGGAGGACCAGCUUUUCGACUUUGGGCGAAGGGCGGAUACACCACCGAUUCUAUUGAUUCUUGAUCGCAGGAAUGACCCGGUUACACCUUUGUUGUCGCAAUGGACGUAUCAGGCCAUGGUCCAUGAAUUGUUGGGGAUACAUAAUGGACGGGUGGACUUGUCUGGGGUGCCGGACGUUAGGCCUGAGCUAAAGGUAUGGGUAUCCUGGUACUUGGUUAAUGUGGCUAUUGACAGUGGGCCAGGAAAUUGUGCUUUCGCAAGAUCAGGAUCCAUUCUUCAAGAAGAAUAUGUAUCUCAACUUCGGCGACCUUGGUGGGAACAUCAAGGAUUAUGUGGAUACAUAUCAACACAAGACUAAAUCGAACAUGAAUAUUGAGAGUAUUGCGGAUAUGAAGAGGUUCGUUGAAGAGUACCCCGAGUUCCGGCGGCUUUCCGGGAAUGUCACGAAGCAUGUUACGCUUGUUGGGGAGCUUAGUCGGAGGGUCGAAAAGGAUAGCCUGCUGGAGGUUAGUGAGCUCGAGCAGAGCCUUGCUUGCAAUGACUCGCAUGGGGCCGAUUUAAAGGUAUGCCUGGCACUCUCGGGUUUAACGCUCGUUCAUUUAUCAACGGUGUUAGUCUCUCCAACGUCUCCUGCAAUCAAACGUUCCCAGCGAAAAUAAAGUCCGGUUAGUAGCACUCUAUAGCUUACGUUACGAAAAGCACCCCAACAACGCUCUAGCAGUCCUUCUAGAUCUACUUCAAGUCAAUGGAGUACCAAACUCCCGGUUCAAUGUACACUCCAUAUCCCCAUAUCUAUCCUUACGCAUCUAACAAACCUAGACAAUCUCCAACCUGCUACACUAUCAGUCCACCGUAAAUCGCCAAGAAGAUCUCUUCGAAGCAGACAGUAUCUUCUCUCGAGCGCGUGGUGGAUUCAAGGGUCUUAAGGGCGUCGAAAAUGUCUACACUCAACACACCCCACGUCUAGAGCAAACUCUCAACAACUUGAUCAAGGGUCGUCUGAAAGAGGCUACGCAUCCGUUUGUGGAAGCUAGCGGAACAACAAGGGAUAAGCCCCAAGAUAUCAUUAUUUUCAUGGUCGGAGGUACCACGUAUGAGGAAGCGAAGUUGAUUGCGCAAAUUAACGCUUCAACGCCGGGAGUGAGGGUUGUGCUUGGGGGGACUAGCGUGUUGAAUAGUAGGGUCUUUAUGGAUGUUGGUCCAUCUAUCAUCAUUUCCCCAGUGCUGUGGGUGGUGGAGCUAACUUUUGUGGUAGGAAAUUGACAAGUUGGCCCUGACCUGGCCAGCUCCGGAGCCGAGGAGCGCAGCAGCGAGAUUGAGGAGAGAGCUUGGGAGGUAGGGAGGAAUAAUUACCUUUUCGGACUCUUUGGUAUGCUCGUGUUUUAUAUUGUUGGGUGUGGCGUUAAUGGUUUGAGGGUUUUUUUAUAACUAUGAGAUAUGCGUCCUGGUACUGUACCCUUAUCCAGUACUGUUUAUAGCUUUUGUGUAUGGGAGGUUCCCUGAAAUGGAGGCGGGCGGUUUCACUUCCUAGUCACUUCCUAGUAGGUGGCUUGGUGGGUUUGGUGGGCUCAAUUGGGUAAUAUUGAACAUGGACGAUGAACUGGUGUAUUUUGGCUUCUGUCAUUAUUGAAUGGGCGGGAUCUACUUGCAAGUGCUGUAUCGAUAGUAUCAUACGAUAGUUAACAUGG